UCAUUUCACAUGGAAGAAGGAGACACUAUACGCCAGGUUCGAUCAGCUGGUCGCAUGUCCCAACGAACGUAUUCAAUAACAACUGUGACUUCUAUGGACGACAACAUUUCACUUAGUUCAGGCUACAGUUCGGGUUUAAAACGAUUUACACCUAAAACGUCGAGUGUUGACUAUUCGGGCGUACGAGCAACUGCCGGAAUUUCCCGAGCAAAACAUGGGCGGCCUCGGAGGGGUUCGGUGUACCCCACUGACAGCAGCUCACUAUCCGAAACGGCUUCUGCCAAAGGCCGAAGAAUGAGCAUUUACACAUUGAGUGAUUUGGCGGAGGUAGGAGUGAAAAUGCGCAGGCGCAGAAGGAGUACCAUGGACUCUUGGGGUAAAAACAGAACACCGGGUGAAAGGCAGUAUUUUGACAAGGUAAAAAGGAUCUUAUAGAAACCUCAAAUUUAACUUAGAGCUACAUUUUCACUGCGUACGUGGGUAGAGAGAAUACGCAAUGCAAGAGAAAGCGCAUAGCUGAGUCUCUCUCAAAGGUAUCAACACGUCUCACGCUCUGAUUUGUUUCCAAGUAGUCAUGAGUUCACUCUGCACCUAUAGUUUUGAUUUUUAAGUUUUUAAGUUUUUAAUUUUUUUUAUAUGUUUUGCUCCUCUUACCCUCUUUUCAGCCAUAUAGAGAAAGUUAGUUAGAGUGUUCUUUCGGGGUAAUAGUAGAAUAAUAUUGAGAUUCAUAACUACUCAUACAAAAUUCAAGCUAUUCAACCAUCGUCACACUUUGUUGCAAUCUUUUUGCGAUAGGUUAUUUUCUCUGUCAACUUAAAGUAUUUUGUUUCACUCGACCACUAACCCAGUGCCACAGUUCUUUAAAAACUAACCUCUUAGUUCGUUUGUAGCAAAGAAAAUAGCUCGAGUUAGUCAGGUCUUCAGUAAGGUUUAGCGGGAAAAAAAACGCCCAAUGCCGAGGCUAUAUUGGUCGUAGUAUUAGAACGAUCAGAUCUAGAGCGAAUCAAGGGAUUUGGGGCUGGUGUUGUUUUUUCACAAAGUCCUUUAUAAAACUAUUUUUGUUAAAAAGCAGGAGAUUUGAAUUUUUCUGUAUAGGCUAUCUCGCUCUUUCAUUUUCGUUACUUCGACAGCUUCUUCCACCAGAGGAGUUGUUUCGUCGAGCAGUGAAAAUCGUUGAAAUGUCUGCCUCACUGUGUCAGUACAAAUACGAAAAGUAAGUCUGGUGCUCUUUUUAUUUACUCUCUCGGUGUGCGUCGAAUAAGUUAUAGUUUGUAACCCUUUAAGUGAUCUGUCUACCGGUUUUCUUCGAAUAAGCCCCUACCCAUAGGCUAAACUAUCAGCAAGCGCCCCCUACCCUCCCCUCGCCCAUCACUUUUCUUAAUAGAAGGGAUCAAGAGCCAUAAUGGUCCCAUUAUGGCUCUUGAAGGGAUACAAGGAAAAUCUGUUUCUGUUGUCGCUUUAUUGAUAACUCUGCGUGUGAACUGUAUAAUGGGACCAAUGCGCGCUUGAUUACCACCAGGGCCCAGUUGUUCGAAGGCUGAUUAGCGCUUAAACCGGGAUUAAAUUUAACCCGGGUUUCAUUUUAUUGUGUUCAAAAGCAUUUUCUCGGAUAAUUUUCUCUGUUAUUUUUAAGGCUUCCAAUAAUCAACUUGUAGACAAAAAGAAUCAAAACUGAAAUUAUUCUUGAGCUGUCAUAUCUGAACUUAAAUCUCGCACAAACCCUGGGUUAUCUUAACCCAGCUUUAAACAACUCGGCCCAGGAGAACUUAAUAAGCGGCUCCUCGCUUAUUCGAGGAAAUACGAAAUGGUGAGGGUUGCGGUUCACACACAAGUGAUCCGCUACUACAUUGCCUUCAUUCAUGUCCUCCCAACAUAGGAGGCAUUUUAAUACUCCUUCACUGAUAAAGGAUAUGAUAAAGCAGAUAGUUUUACCACUAUGCACCACUAUUUCCCCAUAUUAAAAGUCGAAAAUUGGUGUCUUGUAGCUUCUCGCGAUUCUCAAUUGGACAGGCUUUCCAUCCUUAUCUCAAGUGAUGACGCUUCAGUCCAUCAAAUAAGACAGCGACAUUUAUUUCAUGUUAAUUAUCUCCUCUGAAAAAACAUUGUAGCAUUUGUGACAGUUUAUAUGCCAGACUAGUGAGCUGGGUACAACACGGUAAAUGUGGUCAUUCAUAAAAGUAUGUUUUGUUUUGUCUUCUAUCCUAUUAGAGAGAACGAAGAACAAAACUUAGCUCAUACCGUGUUCACACAGUAUAUCAACGAAAAUGAAAACCAAAUGGAAGCUGAACUGGCUUUUGACGCGUCAUUCUUUAAAGCUAACAGAAAGGUACCUGGUUACUGCAACUUAAGCAAAAUAUUGUCACGUAAUCUUAAGCUCUUGAUUGCGCAUAAAACUGUUUGGAUAACACUCAGUGCAUAUUGUCUUAGACCUAAGCAUUAAGUUCGCGUUAAGUUACCAACAUAGCUCGAAGAUUUCUAAACACAUUGCCACUUUAUUGAAUCACAUUGCACCGGCAGGUUGUUCUCCCUACCCCGACAUUCCAGAAAGUGUAACCAUAAGAUACGCUUCCAGAACUAACAUCUCUGGAGGUCACCUGACUUUCUGCGCUUUUAUGUGCAUCUGCUACGCUGCCGAGCAGUUCGCUGGAAGCUUAAAAAGCAACCUGUUUGUUCUUUGUAGAUGAGAGUAUCAGCAGAAGUGAAGCUUAUUUUGUCUGUUCACCCUGGACAAAGAACAGAACAGCAAUUAGCCAAGGUUAGUAUUUCCUUCCUCGUCCAUAAACGGGAGAACGCUAGAACAAAACAAAACUCAAGACAGUCGUUUUUGUUUUCUCGACUCUAGCGCGUUUUCAGAGCUGUCCUCUGAUUCAAUCGGCUUAUUCGAAGUGUUUUCUCAUAUUACUCCAAUGAUACUUGUUUACCACAAAUUGCAUGCUUUCAGGUGUUUGGAACAGACGCAGGGUGUAUGUCUCUUUGAGCGCUGACAAAAUACGGGGCCGUUUACGGGGCCGUGUGAUCACCAUGUAGGAAAGGAAAAAAUGAAGGCUAGCGACAAAAACGAAAAUGCAAUUUGGGCCCUUCUGCUGUGUUCACUAACGUUAAUAACUACCUUUUAGCAGUAGAUGGCAGUUCAUCAGCUGGUGGUCGCCAAACAAAAUUGUCGACUUUUAUUGCCGUGAUUACCCACUGAACGACCCACUGCCAUUUUUAUCCAGGGUUUACACCUGGUACCAUGGUGUUAGGUGUGCUAGGAUCUUCCUCGUGCUAGGAUAUUCCUGCCUCUCACCUAGGAAGAUCCAAUCCAAGUAUUAGGAAUGUCCGAGCGGUAGGAACAACUACAACCCGCGCGCGUUGCAUGUAAACUGAAUACAGAAAACAUAUGGCACAAUGAUUAUCCGCCCUUUAGGAUGUUCCCAGUGCUAGGGUCUUUUUCCUCAAUGUAAACAGCCCUAAGUCUGUGGGCAGGUGCUGAAUGGGACAAUCGUCCCGUGCAGUAGGACAAUUGUGCGAUCGACAUUUCACUUUAACGUCCUUUCGAGUACCUGCCACGCAAGCCAUGAUAAAUCCACCACUUUUCGUUGUUUUGUGACCAAAUCAGUUAGUUAUAGUCAUAUUUCUAAAAAAAUACUUGUAAAAAAAGGAUAAUUUUAUUACUUGACUCUUUUUGUUUUCCAGGUUCUUUUUUCUUUGCGGUCAAUUCGCUCGUUUGCUGAAUAUCCACAGAGAAUUCAACACAAACUGAUAAAAGUUGGAUGGUUUGAAACGUAAGCCUCCUCAUUUUUUUUAUCAGCUUUCUACAACUACAAGAGUUUUUUCAACUGUGUCCCCUCCUUCCCUUCAUUUUUGUGGUGUACGAACUGAAUUAAGUUGGUUUGAAUCCAAUUAUGAAGAGAGAGAUGUGGGCAUUUUUUUGACGCGGCUGUUUUAGCUAAAUGAUUUAUGGUAAGAUACGGAAUUUAGUUGAAUACAAACACUUCGUUAUUGACCAAGUUUACUGAAUGUUUUAUGGUGUAUUGCUUUCCGUCAAAGGCACCAAGCCAAGAGAGCAAUCCUGAGACAAGGGCAUAUACCACAAGCUUUCUACUUCGUGCUGUCAGGUUCAGGUUAGUCGGGCCUGUUUACUCGCAGUUCCAAUCACUCUCCUGAGUACAGAUAGAUUGACAUCAGUGUUCGGGACUACCGUAAACACAUCAUUUAAAAAGGAUUUAUAGUACCCUCUGCUUUCGAAAAAAAUCCCAAUACCUCCUGUGUAAGGAAACAAAUGGAAGAGGGAAUGAAAAGGGUCUUUGCCUUUAGCCUUCCCCGAUGCGCAGAUAGAUUUGUCCAGGCGUUUUAGCUGAUGGAUUCCGCUGCCCAGCGCCCAUUGUGUGAAAAACUGUCGGAGUGGCAGUAACGUAGUAGUGACUUGUUAGACUCAAAUAUUAGGUCUACAGGUCCUCUAAAAAUUGUCGUAUUUUUCCCACAUUCGGAUAAGGCUAAAUCAAAUUUCGGCAAAGAUGAUCAUCUGACAAUCCGCCGCGGUGGGUCAUCUGAUAUGAACCCGUACGUCUGUGAUGUAGGAAGGCCUCGUCGUCAGCUCUUUCAUGAUCAAGGCCUUAUCUCUCGUUAAUAUCAAACAUUUUGCAAUCACUUUCUUUCGUGUGCCACCUUUCACUUUCACAUUGGAGCUACUACGUACGACACUCUCCUGGGUGGUAGGGGUGGGGAUUUGUUUGAGGAUGGGGAGUAGCAAUAUAUCAGUUCGCUUUUCAGUGCAUAGAAUGGCCAGACGGUCAAACUUAACUUCACACCGGUAAGUAACAUGAGGAAGUUAAACUUCUUAUACACGACAUUCAUAACAUGUUUUCUAUCUUCAGCUGUCGUUACAGUUAUGGAAGAACACGAAAACUUCGCCAGAACAGUUCACUUUUUACGCCGUGGAGAUAGUUUUGGAGUAUGUACUGUUAAAAUUAGUGGCUUGAUACAUAUUAUUUUAUUUUGCUAAGCGUAAACUCAAACGUUUUGUUUCUCCUUAUUUGUAAUUACAGUAAAAUCUUGCGUCAUGUACUGAACGGUACGUUUUCCAUCUGGAGAAAAAACUGGCAGCUGUACGGUGGAUAGACUAACUGAAACAUUUGACAGCGUUGUGGACAGGCUGCAAUAAACACAUGUCAGGCAGAUUUUAAAAGAAAUGCUCAUAUAUCCCUUUAUUUCCUCUCUUGUAGGAAUUAGCCAUCCUUCAUGAUACUCGGCGCCAGUCCACUGUAAUCUCAAGGGAGCCAAUUGAACUUUUGGUCAUUUCAAAGGAGGUUUGAAUGAGUAUAUUUAUGCCUACAUUGACCAUUUUGCUCCUCGUUACCCUGGACACCGGUGUCUUCUGUACGGCAUGAUGCGUUAAGGUCGGCCGUAGGCCAAAGCCCAAGUAGCGCAACCGGCUCCUGCGUGCGAUCAUGCCUUUUCUCCGCACGUAAGAUAUAAUAGAGAAACAGGGAGGGCAUGAUAUCGCAGGCUAUGCGUCACUAUAAAGACUCGACCAGAAACAGAAACAGCGCAUGAAGCUGAGUCCCUGGCACCCAGACUAUCUCGUUAGUGACCUACCAUAUUUUCGCUAUAAACUGGAUAAGAUACACUUUUAAGCGCACGGCUCUUUUCUCUCCUAUUUUAACAGGACUUCGUUGAUAUAUUUAUGCUGGCCGGUGGAAUCAAGAACAUAACUGACCCUGAUCACCAAAAGUUUAUUCAGUAAGCUUUAACGUCCUGAUACAUUGUUAGUAAUAAAACCAGUUUUUAUUAUAAUACUCCUCCAUUGAAAAUAUUAUUAUCAAAUAAGAGACGUACGCGUGUGACCUUUCAUCAAGAAACGCGGUGAAUGCUUCUCUAGGGUAAAAAUUACAACACAAUGCACUGGCUAAGAGUAUCUUUGCAUAUCAAGGUUUUGUUGUACCUUAAAAACAUGAUAGCUACCUUAAUUUCCGAAAACCUCUCAGAUCGGUCUAAUGAAUGUAAAAGGGAAACCACUAUUCAAAUAAGAUCAUUCAUAUAAGUCUUGUACCCUGCCUGAGUCAAAGCUGAGUUGUUCUGUCUUAUAGGAACAUUGAUUUCUUAAAGGGAUGGCCUGUGGAGCUUAUGGCUAGCAAUCCAAAGAAAUGUCUCUUUCAUUUCUUCAGGUACAAGAAUUAAGCUUUUAUAUUCAUUUAUUUAUUUAUCUAUUUAAUUGAUACUCCACUGUUAAACGUAUAGUUCGCAACCAAAUCUCAUAUACACCCAAAAGGGAUAAAGGAGGUACACCCAAAAUAAAAGAGGUAAGCCUUAUUUCUGUCUAACUUUCUCGUAGGAGUGGCUCCGUCCUUGUGAAAGACAGUAAUCAUUCGGACUGGAUUUACAUCAUAAAAUCGGUAUUUAUACAUUUAUCCUUUUCUCUUUUACUGCUGUUCAUAGUGAAUAACAUUGUCUUUUCAUUCUUGAGGAAGCCGGAAUAUGGGACUAAAACACGUGAAACUAUGUCAUCUUUAGUUUAUCGGGGCAUAAUUUUGUUAUCAACUUGAAACGACUCAUUGACGGACUCACACAAAACUUACUACAUAACGACAGAAUGAUUGGACAAGCGACAGUUUGACUAACAAUAAACGACUGCUUGAAUGUGACAAUAGACAAAUCGAAACGCACCAAUGACAGUCUGCCGGAGUCUUCAUAGCCAAUAACAUUGCGGCUUAGCUAACAGACAACCAAUAAUAUCGCCACCUAAUUGACCAAUCAGGUCCAUAAGCAGAGUUUGAUACCAUCAACUGACGUGAUGCAACUCACUUUGACUCUGAAGAUGACUACCGAACAGGUUAUCGAAACGUCAGUCACUGUCAAGAACAGCCCUAUUCAGGUGGGUCAAUUUAAUAAAACUUUUGCAAGUGUGAUUUACACUUUGAAGUCAUUGUUUUAGAGUCUGAAAACAAUGGCUGCACUUGUAAAUUACACCUGUCAAAGUUUUAUAAAACUGACCGUCCCCAGGACUACGUUCACCCUGACGGUCAUGCUCAACCUACUUAUGAAAUGAUCCCUGGGUUCAGACCUCUCACAAUAUCAAGAAACCUUGACAAGAGUUUCACUGGAUUAAAUUUGACUGACUAAGUCCAACCCUUUAUAACCCUUUAUGACCUGCUAUCUCCAGGCGUUUUCUGAACAGCGUGCUGCGAGUCACAGGUGAAAACUAGUCACAGUUUGGUCGUGAACUGUCUAUAGAGUCAUAGCUAUGAGUCACCUUUCUCAGUUUUAGGCCGCCAAAUUGGACACAUGUUUAAGAAGAAACGCUCUAACAACUUACCAUCCCAUCAAAAAGGAGACAGUUUAAACAUACUUUUUCGCCCUUUGAAUUGACAAAAAAAAAACGACUUCCGCCCAACGUGGGGCUCGAACCCACGACCCUGAGAUUAAGAGUCUCAUGCUCUACCGACUGAGCUAGCCGGGCGCACACAGAUCCACAGAGUCAAAGCGUAAAACUAGUCAUGGUUUGGUCUUGAACUGCCUAUAGGUCAUAGAUAUGAGUCACCUUUUUCAGUUUUAGGCCGCAAAAGUGGACACAAAUGUUUAAGAAGAAACGCUCUAAGAACUUACCAUCCGAACAGAAAGGAGACAGUAAAAACGUACUUUUUCGCCCUUUGAAAUUGACAAAAAAAAACUUCCGCCCAACGUGGGGCUCAAACCCACGACCCUGAGACUAAGAGUCUCAUGCUCUACCGACUGAGCUAGCCGGGCGCACACAGAUUAUUAGAUUUAAAAUAUACAUUUGUAGUUAGACCGAAUUGAAAGUCUGCUGAAUAAUGAAUAAUUAAAAUGUAUUGUUGACUAGGAGAACUCCCCUGCUAUUGCCACGAUGGGUGGUAUUGCUGCUUGCCUUAAUUAUAAUAUAAGUCGACUACUUUCAGCGCAUCUUAGGGAAAACAUGUCAUUGUUUAAAAUAGACAAAGCUCUAUAUGCUUAGACCGAAAACAUUUAGUAAUGUAAAGCCACAUUUAAUUGCUUUUUACAUAAAAGCUUCUUUGCAUAUUAUCGUUGCCAUCGCCAGGGAAACUUAAAGAAACGGUUUUUAAUUAGUGAAACACCACACAUUUUAAAAGUAGCAAUAAAGGUGGUGAGGUAGUGAGGCGUAGUCCCGAUCGUAGAUGUACACCAUGUCUGCGAUGUUCAUCUGAUUUUAAAUUUGCACAGAAGUUCAAUAAUUUAUUUUUCUUGAUUUGUGAUAGGGAAGUUGUCAGGUGUUGAAGAAGUUAAGACAUGUAAAAAGCUGCCUUACACAACACAACGACAGAGUUGUAGGAUUCGAAAAUGGUACGAUUUCAUUCACAUACGUAAACCAUACUUGUUGGUUGGUAGUUAAUUUUUCUUUACAGUUAGUGAAUCUGUUAUUGACUGUCUUCGCUACUUUUAUUUGUAGUUAAAAGCCAGGUUCCCAAGGCCUCAUCACGUGACAGGCUGGAAAGAGUUAAAGCAAAACUGUCAGUAGUGACGCUACUGUUACCCAAGCUACAUCUCAGGACGGGUUUGAUCACGCAAGACAGUGACGCGGAUGAUGAUUCUGGAAACGAGGCAAACUUGAAUACCGAUAUUUCGGCCAUUGACAAAGUCGCUGCUGCCCAAAAACUGUUCGCCACUCCUGAAAAAUCAGACAUUUCUUUUGAAGAGGGUUCCAUCAAGUUAAUUGACUUUCGGACGCCUUCGCCGCCGACCGGUAGACGAAGCGGUGUGGUCAGUGCCCCUAGAACGUCUGUUAUUAUGAAUUCAGUAGAACAUACAGAGAAUCUUAAGAACUUGAUCGUUUCAAAGAGAAAGGCUUCAAGCGAGCAGGGAUUACGAGAUACAUUUCGUGAUUCAGGUGAAGACAGAGGGCAGACAAGAAAAGUGUCAGGUUGUGAACUGCCCAGGCGCCUACAGAAACGAUUAACCCCAGAUCAGAGAGAAAGGAGCAACAGCAAACCACCUUUACCAACCGUUGAAGAGGAAACCCAUCCUUCAUCGGUACUGAUUUUGAUACUUAAAAUAAGAAUUUUUAUUGUUGUAGGUGUAGCUCUCAUUUUUAUGUUCUUUUACUUCCAGUAGUUUAUAUUCCUAAACCUAGUCUCGUUCCAUGAAAAAAGGCAUGCAAAUGAAAUUGGAUUUGCAUUUGCAACAUGCGCUGCUAUCGUUUAGUGAGCAUUUUGGGAUUUGAAUAAUCAUAGAUAGAUAGAUAGAUAGUUUAUUAAAAUAUCGAACAUGGCAGUCCGUAGACUGAAUUGCGUUACAAUUACUUAAAACUAAGAUUAAAUAAAUUCCAAAAAUAUAAAUACUAAUUGAAAUUAUAACAAAAAACAUUUCUAUAAAAAUGCGAAAAACUCUCUAUAUAUAACUAGGUACAAACUAGUCCAAAAAAAAUUAUGUACACAUACUUGGAAUAAAAGGUUACUAAAUCGAACCUGACCAAACAUUCUGAAUACGACGCAUAAGGACAAAUGAUGGAGAACGCUCUCUUUUGCACUCGUUCGAUGUCGUCACUAAGAUACUGUGGAAGCGCAUGAUGAAAAACUGGCGCACAGUACUCUAAAACAGGUCUUAUCACGGUGCAGUAAAAAUUUACAAUGUCGCUCAGUGGAACGUUGGCGCGCUUUAGAAGAACAAUAAAAUAAAGGCGCUUGUUCGCUUUCUUAAUGCACUCUGAGAUGUGUUUGUUCCAUUUUAAAUCUGAGCUAAUAGUGACUCCUAGGAUUUUUACACUGUUUGAUACUGAUAGUUCCUUGCCAUUUAUCACAAUUGGUGGAAAAUUGUGAGUGUUCCUUUUAAAGUCAAUGCGCAUCUCCUUGCAUUUGUCAGCGUUCAGUUCCAUCCUAUUUUCGAUCGACCACGCCUCAACAGCGGAAACUGCGCUUUGAACAUCACUAGUCAAACCUCGCGGUAUCGUUUGGGCGAUAGUCGUGUCGUCUACAUACUUCCAAGUGAGCGCGUCGACCUCAAGAUCAUUGAUCAUUCAGGUCCCACAGUUGUUCAAAAAGGCUCCACUUGUUUCCCUAAUUGUUGGUUUUCACAUGACGUCACUAAAAUUCAAAAUACAUAACUAUCGAUCCUACUGAGAUUUUACUUUCAUGAUGUAUUAGAGCAGCUGAAAACUAAUUUUCAUGCAAAUUUUCGCUUCAAAAUUGUGAUAGAGUACGCUUGAAUUUUUAAGCUUUUGCGUGACGUUGCAUUUACAUGACGGCCGAGAGAGCUGUUACGUAGGUUAAAAAAAUGGUGUAUUUUGGGGAAUUUUGCUACCUAAACAUUUCAUGGAUUAGAAAAAGUAUUACUUUAAUGUGUAUGAGUUCCCCUAGGAAUAAAUUCACGCUUUUGUGCCAAAACUCGAUCACAGAUGUUUUUGUUGGUUUCCGUCAGCCAUGUUGGUGCCCAUCCAGGUGGGCACCAGCAUGGCGUCUCCAUACAAAUCUCUAUAAAUGUGGGUAAAACAUUUUUUUCGGAUAUCUAGUAUACAGAAUAUUCUUGUGACCUGAAUCUUGUCGAGGAUCUUUGCAUAUUUACCUCCUUUGAUUUCCAAGAUUCUGGACUUUAUCUAUUGAACGGUUUUGAUUUUUAUUUUGAUCUUUUUUGAAAACCAGAAAUACUUAUCUAGUAGACAGCGCUAUCCGACUUUUGAAGGACAGAACCUGAAAUCAGCAAACUCAACACAUAGUAGCACUUUCUAUUCUGUCAUCUGAUUUGUUUUCAGACAUUGUCAACACCACUACGUCCUCGAUUCAGUUCUUUGCAAGCAGAACACGACCAGAGGCCUAGAUCCGAAUCCUACUCUCGCCCUAAGGCUCACUCACAAAAUUCAUCGAGACGAAUCAGCAAGGUCAGGACAAAAUCGACAGUGACGUCCCCAGCAGGUAAGCAGUAUGGAUAGAAAGUGUUCUUCCCCCAAAAUAUACAUUAAUUAGAUUAAUAGGAUGGAUUAAAUUUGUCGAUGCCAUUUCAAAUUUGCUAAAAACUUCCUAUUCUGUUAUGAUGCUGAGUUUAAUCAUGACAACAAUAUGUUCUUCCCGAGUUUGUGUACGUGGUACGAGAUUUUCCCAUUGCUCAGAUGAAAAAGUUCACAUAUUUAAAGCUCACUGAACUGAUUUAGCAGCCCUCCUGGACUCAGAGGGAGACGAAAAAAAAGAGCGAAUCUGAAUUAGAAAGAGAGCCUCCAUUCUCAUGAUACUUAGGUUAUGCGUCACAUUGGUUUGUGUUCUAGUUUUACUUCUUUGCGUCAUAAGGCAAGGUGUUUUCCUAAAAGGGCAGCUAUAGCUGGUUCCGUUGGUUUCGCUCAGUGUGUUUCGUUGUGGAGCCUAUACCAUAUUUUGUACAAUGCGUGUCGUCUCUCCAGCUCUUCACAAACCCUAGUGGACUUUAUUUGGCUUAGUGCAGUCGUUCUGUUUUAUUUCGUAUUCAAAGCGCAAGUGAAAAGUAAAAGCGACUGUAUUUCGAUUAAUUCAAAACUGAUCUCUUUUUAAUCAUAACCAUCCAAGUGGUAAUCGAUUUAUCAUUGUAUUUCAGAGGAAUUAACUGAAGAGGAAAAGAAACUUCCUUUACACAAAGUUUCAGUUAUUGACGAGGGCGAGCAAAGGCAGGUCAGCAUCAGUAGUCAGGAUUGAGCUCUCUACUAUCUAUUUAAAUGUUCUCAAAACAUAGCCAAGAAAAGUCUUAAGUUUCGAUGACUGUCAGCCAUCUUUAUCUUGGUUGUGCAUUAUGCGCUCAAAAGUGUAUAUGCAGUAUUUGCUAUCUAUUACGUGGAUAUCCGUGUUUAAUUAAAUCUCUUAUUCUUUUAAGAAUAAAAAAGGGUAUUUAAAGCAGUGUAAUACACAGACGAAAAAAACUGUAACAUUUAACACGAGAGCUAUGUAAGUCAUUUACUUCAUCCCAGUUAGUUUCCAGUUAGACUGCUUUAGAGAGAGGUGUGGCGUCGCAUUAAUUCUCCCUCUUCUUCCCUCCAUUUUUACGACUGCUACGUACACAAAUUUAUCGCCACACAGUAAUUUUCAUGGAGUAAAAAGGAGUUUAAAGAACUCUUUUUCAGGACUAAAAGUGACCCCAGUUAUUGAAAAGUUAAAAUAACCCCAAAAAAGGAGUUAUCCUGUACCUAAAAUUUUUACUCCACUUUCAGAGUUAGAUUAACUCCAAAAAGAGUAAAAGCAGCCCAUGUAAGGAGUAAAAGUAACCCCACUUCGGAGUUAUUUUAACUCCAGACUGGGAGUAAAAAGAACUCUUUUUUAGGAGUAAAAAUGACCCCAGAUUCGGAGUUAAAUUAGGAGUUAGAAUAACCCCCAAAAAGGGGUUAUCCUGUACCUAAAAUGUUUACUCCAUUUUUGGAGUUAUAAUAACUCCCUGAAAAUUACGGUGCACUAGUCCAUCAUGCCACCCACAUACAACCGACCAUGAAACUGAGUUGGUCCAUUUUCAUAUUAUCAUUAUUAUUAUUAAAAAAUAUAUAUUAUUAUUAUUAUUUAUUUUCAUUUUUUAUUAUUAGACUGAAGUUCGCAUCACAGAGGCCGAUUUACACCCUAUGUUUGUUCAAGUCGCUCUUCUUCAAAAAGGAGACUGUUUUGUAAGAAUAAUUGCUAGAUGUUUAUAUCUUUGUUUUACUACACUGUGAGACCAAAGUAGUCUUCUUUUGAUGAGCCAAUGAAGAUUGUUCCGUUGAAACAGCAGUAGGAAAGAGAUCGUUAUUCUUACACCAAGCAGUUUUUCAAUUAAAUGUCACCAACAAAGAGCAAUUUUCGUCCUAGUACUUAUCCUAAUGCAAUCCCGUUAAGCACAAUACGAUAGUACACACUUCAUAAUCAAGUGAAUGAAAUAAGUACAAACUGUGUUAUAAAGUAAGUGAAGAAAGAAAAAGAAGUGCGCCCAAUGUACUUUGCCAAUCAUGGUCUCAUGAUUCAUCACUUUUAUGUCUAAGUGUUUGCAUGGUGUGAAGUCAAUAGAGCUUUUGUAGUGAAUAUGUAAGUUAAAUGCAGUGCAAAAUGUUUAAUGUGGUCUUUCAAACAUGGUGGAGUGCAGAAUACCUCUAUAAAUCUUCAACAAAGAUUGUUCAGUUGAUGUUUCCAUUCAUUGUACACCUCUUUUGUGUUAUCUCCUAGGGAGUGUCAUCCAUGGUAUUCGACGAACAGCCCAGCUUGAGCUUGGUUAGUACUGCGUAUAUGCACAGUUCUUCUCAAUCCCUUUCAUAUCUUAUUCAUUGUGAUCACAAUGAUGUCGUUUUACUUCUUUUAAAUUUCUUGUUAGGUCAGUAACGGGGCAGAAUGUAUUAUGAUUUCCAAGAAGUUUUUUCUCAGCCACUGCUCUGACGCGAUAAAGAGGCGACUUCUAGUCACGGUACGGUAAAGAGUGUUUUCGUUCUCAUAACUGAGCCAUUUAGCGUUCGGGUUUAAAGGAGCAGUCAUGAUUUUUUCGUACUCAGACUCUACAACCCUUAAAGCACAUCGGAAUGAAAGAAACCCUGAAAAUAAUGUUUAUCUACUGAUAUACCUCAACUACAAGAUAGUAAAUGUCUGUGAUGGCCAGGGUGGAAAUUUAAUGGGCCUCCUUUUUAAGUCAAACUCCUAUGAUGGCAAAAAAAUAGCUUAAAAAAGGUUAAAAACCGAUCAUUUUCAGCCAGCAUAAUGACCGAGCGCGAAAUAUGUGAAAGUCACUUGAUGACAUAGCUCCUUUAAGGAAUGAAGUAAACCUAAAGCCGAAGUAACUCUACUAAAUCAAUUGCAAUGCCCACAAGAGGAUCUGAUCAAAGUUUGACCAAUUUAGAACUGACCCCAGGUGUUAAAAAGGUGAAUAGCGCCAUUUACCGGAUAAAUCUCUAUCCAGAGGGUAGCCUGUUCCAGAGUCCAAGAAGGUGGGGAGAACAGAUCGAAAAAAUGUGCAAAAAGCCGCGUGUGGACUGGGGAGAGAAGGUGAGGUGGAUCUUCCCGCCGUUUUUCGCUCGUUCACACUGACUGAGAGCCUGAGACAGGCUAUCCAGAGCGUAACGCAAUUAGUUUGUCUAAUACGUAGAUGGAUAGUGAUUUAUCCAGUGAAUAGGGCUAUCCAGCGUUUGAACUGACAACCGGGAGCUGGACGAUAAUCAAAUUGAACGAAUCACAUCAUGAGUUGAAUAUAAUUUAAAAGCGCGAGAGAAAGUGACAGGCGCGGACUCCCCAGUCCUCCGGGCGUUUGAAGAACCAGCCCUUCGUUAAUUAGAGAGAAUCACAUAGGAGCGCCUACUUAUCUACUCGGCACUUAUGAACAAAUUAAUUUAUAAAAUAAGGACUCCAAAAAUCACCUCAGAGCUCUCUCUCUCUCUCUUCAACUGCCAUAACGUCCUUUCGAAAAAGGACUUCUUCAAGUAAAAUGGAAUUCGGAUAUUACAGACCACACGAAUGACUGAGGAGCUGGAUAUUAUCAUUAUGACGCCGCACUCUUCAAGGAAGUAAUUAAAUUAAUCUACACUUCCCAUGCAUCACAAUGUAGUUGUGGGAUGAAAGUUGAAAAAUGUUGUAGCCGGAUUUUUUGGUGGAUUAAUACUCAGCUUAUUUGGCACUAGAUAUUUUCAUGGUUUUGUGCAUGAACAUGGAUUCUUUUGAUACGGGCUGUUAAAUCACACGUCUCUACUAGACUAGCCAGUACUUUGUUAGAUUUUGUUUGAAGUUAACUGCACGUCCAUUUGUUGAAGCUUCUCGGACACCAGAACCCUAGACCCUCGAGUCAAUGAUGGAAACAUGUAAAGUAGUUCUGACGUAAUUUUAAAGUUUAGACGAAAUCCUAUAGUGUGACCAUUCGAAUGAAAUCUCUAGUACAUUACAUGGCGCUAUUUAUUACUCUGUAUAAACUGAUUCUAAAUUUUGAGUCAGAGGAUAUUCCAUGGUGCAACAUUUCGAAUAAAACCUCCUUAACAGUUGUUUUACAUGGUAUACUGUUUAUUGUGCUGUUCAAGUUAAGGGAGUCCUAACUUUUUGGUCUGUGGGUGAAAUCCUUUGAGAUGGCUAUUCAAAUCAAACCUCUCUGGUGGUACUUCCACCGGGCCUAGUGCUAGUUAAGGCUCGUGCUGUAUAAAGUGGUUCAGUAACUUUUGGGUCUGUAGGUAGAAGUACUUUUACAUCGUGGUAUUUUUUUGUAAGUUGCUCUUCUAAGUUUUGAGACUGUGGAUGAAAUCCUGUAGUUUGACCCUUUAUAUGAAGGAUCUCUUCAACAGUACUAUUACGUGGCACUGUUACAACUGCUCCAUUGACAGACUGAGUUCUGGUCUUUUAGUGAAUUGCCCUAGUUGUAUUAGACCACCCAUAGAUAUAACGGCACCCCAUGAUUUACUUGGUCACUUUGUGUUCUGUAUUACAGGAAACUCCUUAUCCAAAUGACGACUUACUCCAGAAAAGUCUACAAGACAAAGUUAACUGGGAUGCUUAUCGUCGUAAAACUAUAAAAACUCUUAUUCGUGAACUACCUACAUAUUCUAGAAGAAUGGAAGAUCUUAUGGUUCACAGAAAAACCAAACGAGACAUGUCUCUUGGAGAAGACCUGAAGGAAGCCAUUAGAAAAAUGCAAAGAAAGAAUGAUGAUUCCUAUAGUUUAUGA